UUUUGGGGGGGGGCGCGCGCGGGAUGGAAUGGGAUAAAACCGUCCUCAGGGGAAACAUGACCGCGACCUUAAAUGGGAGAAAGAGAGCGAUUUGAGGUGGAUAGUUGAGAGAGCUUGGAAUUGGAUGGACGUUGCAAAUUGUUUUGAGAAUGGCUACGAACCAUCAUGUGAACCGCCUCUUCAGUGAAGUGACCUGCUCCAUCUGCCUGGAUUUCUUCCAGGAGCCGGUGGCACUGGAAUGUGAACACAAUUUCUGCCGGCUCUGUAUCUCCAAGACCUGGGAGCAGGGUGGUGCUUUCUACUCCUGCCCUGAGUGCAGGGAGGAGUUCCACGAGAAGAAGCUGAAGCCGAACCGCAUGCUGGCCAAUAUUGUGGAGGGGGUGAGGGAGCUUAACCUCCAACCUCGCCAGGGUCACCCAACCUUCUACUGCCAACAGCACGAGGAGCGCCGCAAGCUGUUCUGCCAGGACUGUCAGGCAGCCAUCUGCGUGGUGUGCUCCUGUGCAAAAGAACACCAGGGCCACAGCUUCAUCCCUGUCGAGGAGGCUGCUGUCCUGUACAAGGAAAAAUUGGGACAGGCUGUCAACUUCCUCCAGUCCCAAAAGGAGAAGGCCUGUCAAAGCCAAAGCCAAGAAGAGGCAAAGAUUUGUAAAUUACAGGAGCAAGGCAAACUGCUGAAGGAGCAGGUUGAGGCCGAUCUGUUCGCCAUCUAUCAAUUUUUGGAUGAAAAGAAACAAGAACUGCAAUCAAAGAUUGAACAGCAGGUGUGCCAAAUCAUUGAACCCUUGCAAGAAAACGUGCAGAAGAUCCACCGGGAAAUGUCCUCAAUUGAGCAAAUCAUUCGGGAUGUCCAGUUGCAACUAAGUUUCAAGGAACCUCUAGAGCUUCUCCAGGAUAUCAAACUGCUGCUGGACAGGUGUAGACAGGAGCAUGUCAAACCAGUAGAUGAACCAACUGAGCUGUGUACCAACUCUAUCAUCACACCUUUCCACUACGUUGAAAUCUGGGAUAAACUUAAAGCAUUAGUACCAGCCAGAGAAUUUCUGAAACUGGAUCCUAAGACAGCACAUCCACGACUCAUUCUGUCUAAGGAUCUCAUCAGUGUGAUUGAUGGUGAGAAACGUCGGGACUCUUCAUUCGUGCCCCAUCGCUUUAACCACUGGCUCUGUGUUCUGGCCGAUGUUGGCUUCCUGUCAGGGCAGCACUAUUGGGACGUAUUGCUGGGCAACAAUACCGCUUGUGUCAUUGGGGUGGUCAGCGAAAUUGCCGACCGGGCAAUAACUAAACACCUGACGCCACAAGAUGGCUACUGGGUGAUUGAGAUGGUCAAUGGGAACCUAGUCAAUGUCAAUGAGUCUGGUGCCAAGAUCCUCCCCCUCCGACGCAAGCCCCGCAUCAUCCGUGUCUAUCUGAAUUAUGAGAAGGGACAGCUAUCCUUUUAUGAUGCUGAAGACCUGUGUCCUAUCUACACCAUACAGGACAAGUUCACAGUGAAACUCUAUCCUCUCUUCAACCCUCACAACCACAAGGAAGGGAAUUCAGAGCCACUGAGUAUAUGUAACGAGAUGGAGUGCUGAAUUAAUUUAUCACCGAGGUGGGAUUUUGACACUGUGGUGGCCUUUGAAGGGAAACCUCUCUUGUCAUUUUAAAACCUAAGGCAAAUAUAUGAACUCGGAUUGGUAUUUUUCUUCCAUAAGCUGGUGCCAGGCAUUAAGGAUUAAAGGUGCUGGUUGGAGUGAAAUGGACCCUGACUGGCUGGUUGGGAAUUUUCACAUUGGUGCUCCUGGUUCCUAGGAGGAACUCACAUUUGUUGAAUCUGCAUUAUCCAUCUGUUACCUUUCCAUUAAUGAUGUUAAAUGUUAUAACGAAGCUGGGGUUGAGGCAGGAGGAAGAGGGUCUGCUGAAUUUCUACACUGGAACCAGUCACACAGCAGAUAUACAGAAUUAACUCCCCUUGCACAGAUGCUCGAUGGAUCCGUCAAUCACAAUACAAGUUCUGGAAUCCGGUGUGCAUGUGGAAGCCAGCAUUGGUGCCAUUCUUCUGUUGCAGGCACUUGUUUCUAUAACAAACACACCAGUACAGGGAUUGUCCCUCCCACUUUAUCCUCCCUGUAAUUCCAUGAGUGGAAUAUAUCGAUUAGAAGUUGGAAUAAGCCAUUUAGCCCUAUUAGCAUGGCGUGCCCUUCAAUAAGAUUAUGGCUUACCUGGUUGUGGCCUUCGUUUCACAAUGAACAUUGAGUUAUUUAUGAAUGUUACUGUAGCGACAGAUAUAAAAAGGCACAAGUCAUCUUAUCAUGAAAGGAUAAUAUGGCCAAACUUCUCUUGACAGUAUUUUAUUAAAUAGUUAAUAGCCUUGCCAUUGAUGCUGGAAGGAACAGACUGAGGCAAUAUAAUGGAGAUUUUGAUUUGUGGAAAAACUUUAAAUGUAUUAUGAAUAAAUGCACAAUGCAAUCCUGGAGUGUAAUAAA